AGCUUAAAAAGCCGUGUUUACAUUGGCCCAAUGGGUUUAGGUAUGGCCCAAAAUGCAAUGAGCUUUUUAGCUGCUUAAAUGUAGGCCGGGGUGGCUUGGCGCGCAACUCGAGCUCUGGUUUUAGCCAUGAGUCUGAGGAAGUUGGUGAGCAAGGGAAACCCUAAUUGUAAGGAAAGUGAGAAUGAUGAUGAUGAUGGUGAUGACAAGGCGAAGAAACAAACGACGGUAGCUCAUGAUCUGGGGAAUGGAAGUGAGGUGGUGUUAAUACCGAGGUUGAUGAGCUUCGAUCGGGCUUGGAAAUGGUUCGAUUACCUCAACACCCAGAUUCCUUGGACAAGACCCACUAUUCGCGUCUUCGGCCGUUCCUGCCUCCAGCCUAGAGAUACAUGUUAUGUUGCAAGUCCAGGACUAGCGCAAUUGGUUUACAGUGGGUACCAACCUCAUGCUUAUUCAUGGGACGAUCUCCCUCCUCUUAAGGAACUCUUGGAAGCGGUCCAUAAAGCUCUUCCUGGGAGCAGAUUCAAUAGCUUGCUCUUGAACAGGUAUAAAGGUGGUAAUGACUAUGUUGCUUGGCAUUCUGAUGAUGAAAAGGUGUAUGGUUCAACUCCAGAAAUUGCGUCCCUGUCCUUCGGAUGUGAGAGGGAAUUCUUCUUGAAGAAGAAACCCACUAAAGCAUCUCAAGAGAGAAAAAAUGAUCAAGAAAGUACAAGUAAGCGAUUAAAGAGGAAUCAUGAUGAUCAGCACUCGUUUGUGCUUAAGCAUGCAUCACUCUUGGUGAUGAGAGGUCAUACUCAAAGGGAUUGGCUGCACUCUGUGCCUAAGCGGACAAAAUUAGAGGCCACUCGUAUUAACCUUACCUUCAGGCUUGUGCUCUAAUCUGAGUGUUGUCGGUAGGAUCAGAAGAGAAUGGUUGUUCAUUUCAGUCUCUUCUUUGUUGUUAUUUUGUGUGGCCUACUACUUUCCAUUGACAAGAGGGAUUGGCUGCAUUCUGAAAGUCUCCCUAUAUGCCAUGUAAAACAGGUCUUGGUGUAGAAAUUGAGAGUUUGUUUUCUCUGUUUAUUCUGUCCCUGAAAGACAAGAGGCAUCA